AGCUUGCCAAAAGGUUAGGUGGGCCUACUUCAGAACCCCUAAAUGCAGAAUCGAGACCUAGAGGCCUACAGGAUUUUCCAGAAGUAGAGAUCCGCUGAGCAGUUGUCAUAUCCCUGCGACCAAUUCCAAAUAUAGGCAACUAUUAAUAGAAAACGUGAGCAGACUGGGCUUCACACAUUCUCUGCCCUGACACCACCACACUACUCAGUAAAGGGGCUGGGAGGAAGCACUGUACGGUAUACUCAAUCAGAAUGGGGGACCUUCCACAGUUUGAGCAGGACUUCUACCAGACAGGAUAUUACAGAGAUGACCAGGGUCACACCGUCGCCAGCUAUGACACUGACGAUUACAAGAACCCUGAAUAUUACAAUACCGGAGCACAGGCUUUUGUGUCGGGUGCUUUGGAUCCCCACAUGGAGCAACAGUACACAGGACAGUUCUUCCAACCCGUAAUGCUUUCUGGGACUGUUGGAAGCCGAGGUACAGAUUAUUCUGAAGAGGAGCCUACCCUUCUUGAGGAGCUCGGCAUCAAUUUUGAUCACAUUUGGCAAAAGACCUUGACCGUGCUGAACCCAUUUAAGCCUGCAGAUGGCAACAUUAUGAAUGAGACGGAUCUGACCGGUCCAGUCCUCUUCUGCGUUGCACUUGGGUUCACUUUAAUGAUGGCAGGUAAAGCCCACUUUGGUUAUGUGUAUGGGAUCAGUGCAACAGCCUGUACUGGGAUGUACAUUCUGUUGAGUGUGAUGAGCUCUGUGGCCGUGGCUUAUGGCUGUGUGGCCAGUGUCCUAGGCUACUGCCUCCUGCCCAUGGUGGCUCUCUCUACAUUUGCUGUAUUCCACUCUUUGCAAGGCGUCCUGGGUUCGGUUCUGGCCUUGUUUGGAAUUUGUUGGUGUAGUCUGUCUGCCUCCAAGAUCUUCAUCUCCACUCUGGCCAUGGAGGGCCAACAGCUGCUGGUGGCUUACCCAUGUGCUCUGCUCUAUGGACUUUUUGCAUUAGUCACUGUAUUCUAAGAUUUACCCCGGGGAAAAUCAUUAUCAUUCAAAAAUCAACCUUUACUAGCAAUAAAGUUUCACCCCCUAGUCUGUUUGUGUGCUUAGGUAACUCCCUCAAGGGGAUUGAAAGGAGAUCAGGAACCUGGUGCUUUGAGUACUGUUACAAAGUAAACGCCACAGACACUGGACAAUAAACCAUUGCAUUUCAUCAC